AUGGUACGGACUCGAUCACGGCAGACUGACCCUGGAGACAACCAACCUCCAAAUCCACCUAACCAACCUCAACAAAACAAUGAGGCUUUCUUGCAACGGAUGACGGACUUACUGAUGACAGCUAUGGAUGAGAGGUUGAAAAAGUUUGAGGAAGAGGUUCUGAAGAGACGGGAGGACGGGAAGCAGAUUAAUGAGAGCCCAAAAGAGAAUGGACUUGAGGAUCCAAGUGUGGGUAAUUUAGAGAAGCGUGUCAACCUUACUGGAGGAUCAAGGGAGGAGAGUUCAGCACAACGUGAGCAACGGCCCUAUAUUGAUGAAUCCAUGAGGCAGGUCAUGAAAGAUGUGAGCAGACAUAAACCACCCACAUUCAAUGGAAGCAUGGAUCCUUUGAAAGCUGAAGCUUGGAUUGAUAAGCUUGAGACGAUUUUUAAGAUUGUUCCUUGUACCACCUAUGAGCAGGCACGAGUAGCCAUUUUCUUAUUAGAAGACCGUGCCAAGAGAUGGUGGAAAAGUGCUGGUGGUCGUGAUGAUUUGGGCGUCACCUUUGAAGAGUUCAAGGAAAAAUUUUUGGAUCACUACUUUCCUAUGGCCUUGCAACAGGAAAAGGAGACUGAGUUCUUUGCUCUUCGUCAGGACAAUAAGCAUGAGGAUGAUUUUAUUGCUGAGUUUAUUGAUUUGUCCAAAUAUGUCACUUAUUUGAAAAGUGAGGAUAACCCUAAAUGGAUGGCCUCACAGUUGAUAGAAAAGGCCAGGCCAGAGUUGAGGCAACAGUUAGCCUUACUUCCUUUCGAGAGUUUUGAGGAUACAUGCAACAAGCUGAGAGUGGCUGCACGAAGGGCUAGGGAUACUGAGGAGGCCAGACGUCGGGACAAUCAAGGCAGGUUUUCCAAUUUUAUGAAGCCGAUUGGUGGAAUUGGAAAGAAAUCUGGUUAUGGUUCUGGAAGCUCUAGCAAGAACAAAGGGCAGAACCAGAGGCGUCCAGAUCAGAGGGUUCCACAGCAGAGGUCUCAGGCAUUGAAGAGCCAUGUUGGAGGGAGUCAAAACUCCCACAGAGAGUCAGCUUUAUCUAUGCCCAGUGUUAGAGGGCCUUGUUCGAGAUGUGGGAGGAGUCAUUCAGGGACAUGUAUAGAGUGCUUCCGAUGCCACAGGUUAGGGCACAUAGCUCGCUUUUGCCCAGAAGGCCAGCAACCACCUCAGAGCGGUCGUUCUACGAUUCCAGGUCGAGUCUAUGCUAUGACACAGGAGGAGGCUGGUGCGUCUCCUAAUAUGAUUCGAGGUACAGUUUCACUCCAAGGACAUAUUAUUCCUGUUUUAUUUGAUUCUGGUGCUACACAUUCUUUCAUAUCUAUUGGAUGUGCUAAGAAGUUUGAUUUUCAUGUAAUUGACUUACCUUAUAAUUUGAGAGUUUCUACACCUGCUGGGGCUACAGUCAUGACUUCUCAAGCAUGCUUAAACAUUGCCCUUCAAUUUGAGAAUCGUGAUUCUGUAAUUGAUUUGAUUUGUUUGCCGCUUAAAGGCAUUGAUGUGAUUAUUGGCAUGGAUUGGUUAUCAGCUAAUGAUGCCAUCCUUGAUUGUAAGAGGAAACUUGUGACUUUUUCUCUUCAUGCUAUGUCUGUUGAGGCUAUUAUGAGUCCUAUGUUGUUAUCGGCUACUCAAGUGAACAAGUGUAUUCGGGGAGGUUGCCAGACAUAUGCAGUGUUCUUCUCUACUAAUGUGGAUAAGGAAGUUAGUGUUGAUCAGAUUGAAGUGGUAAAAGAGUUCCCAGAGGUAUUUCCAGAGGAGGUAUCCGGGUUACCCCCAGAGAGAGAGGUUGAAUUCUCCAUUGAUCUGUACCUGGCAUAG